AUGGCGAGUUGCAGGAGCAGCGUGGAGAAAGCAGCGGUUUUGUGCUGCUUCUUGCUGGCAAUGGGGAGCCUAACCUCCUGCGCCCGGCUGGAGGAGGAGGAAGAGCAAGAAGAGCAGCGCUCCUGUCACGGUGCCUUUGAUCUCUACUUCGUCCUGGAUAAGUCUGGAAGUGUCAGAAAUCAUUGGACAGAGAUUUACUCUUUUGUGGAAAGCCUAGCUGAGAAGUUCAUAAGUCCAAUGUUGCGGAUGUCUUUCAUCGUUUUUUCUUCACGUGGCACUACAGUCAUGAAACUAACAGAAAACAGACAUGUUUGUCAAGAGAAGAGAGGAAACCUCUCCCUCUCUGCGGAUCCAUUUUGCCGCUUCUCCAUGCAGUCGAGGUGUAAUCUCGGAGUUCGGACUGCUAGCGUGAUUAUUGCUCUGACGGACGGAGAAUUGCAAGACGUUCAGUUUUAUUAUGCAGAACAAGAAGCCAACAGAGCCAGAAGCUUUGGAGCUAUUGUUUAUUGUGUUGGAGUGAAAGAUUUCAAUGAAACUCAGCUGUCAACAAUUGCUGACAGCAUCGAUCAUGUUUUUCCAGUUACGGGAGGCUUUUAUGCCCUAAGAGGAACCAUUGAUUCAAUUCUCAAGAAAUCUUGCAUUGAGAUCCUAGCGGCUGAACCAUCGAGCGUUUGUGCAGGAGAAUCAUUUCAAGUUGUGGUAAGAGGCAACGGCUUUUAUCAUGCAAGAAAUAUCGACCAGGUACUCUGCAGCUUCAAGCUCAAUGACAGCCUUACUAUCAAUGAAAAGCCGACCCUUGUUCAUGAUACUUACUUACUUUGUCCUGCCCCAGUGAUAGAAGAUGCUGGACAGGUGGUUUUCCUACAAGUCAGCAUGAACAACGGGCUAACGUUCAUCUCCAGCUCUGUCAGCAUCACCAGCACACAGUGUCUGACUGGGACCAUCCUUUUCAUUGCUCUCCUGAUUCUCUUUCUGCUGCUGGCUCUGGCUCUUCUGUGGUGGUUCUGGCCCCUUUGCUGCACGGUGGUGAUCAAGGAGCCGCCGCCACCACCACCUCCAGAGCCUGAAUCAGAUGAUGAAGAUGGAUUGCCAAAGAAAAAGUGGCCAACCGUGGACGCAUCUUAUUAUGGAGGUCGUGGUGUUGGUGGGAUUAAGAGGAUGGAGGUGCGAUGGGGAGACAAGGGGUCAACAGAGGAAGGAGCAAAACUGGAGAAGCCCAAAAAUGCUAUUAUUAAAUUGCCAGAACAGGAGUAUGAGCCAUGGGAACCCAAGCCAAAAAAGCCCCAUGUGAGAAAACCACCUUCCCAGCGGAAAUGGUACACUCCGAUCAAGGGCAAACUUGAUGCACUGUGGGCUUUGGUUCGACGAGGCUAUGAUCAAGUCUCUCUUAUGAGACCACAGCCAGGGGAUAAGGGAAGAUGCAUAAACUUCACUCGGGUGAAAUCAGAUGGAACCUCUGCCCCUUACAGCCCACCGCCAAAGCUGCCGCGGCGCGAUGAUGUUCCUCUCAACAAUGCUCCAAGGAAUCCUUCUCCUCCUGUGUCUCUUCAGCCCCCUUCCAGGCAGCCACCUCCUGGACCACCUCCAUCCCGAGCCCCUCCUGGACCUCCUCCUUCGCGCCCACCCCCGCAGCCCAUGGCUUAGAGUGCAGCAAAACCCUGAUUGACAAAACAUGUCUCUUUGCUGAACACAGCAUAUUUAUUGAGUAUUGGUUUACAGUUAAAGAUAUCAGAAUUUGUUGCUG